GGGUGAGCGGGAGGGAGACGCCGGCGGGAGAGACGGGGGGAGGAGGUUUUGGGGAGCAGGAGGGGAGAGUUGUGGGGGAGACGAGGGACGAGGGGAGACGCCGAGGGAGCAGGAAGAGGAAGGUAGGAGGAGGAGGAGGUGACACGAGGAGGAAGGGAGUGGGGAGAGAGACACACACACAGAGAGAUAGAGAGACACACACACAGACACAUACAGAGAGAGAGACACACACAGAGACACAGAGAGAGACACACACAGAGAGAGACACACACAGACACACAGACAGACACACAGACACAUACAGAGACAGACACACAGACAGACACACACACAUACACACAGACACACACACACAGACACACACACAGAGACACACACACACAGAGACACACACACAGACACACACACACAGACACACACACACAGAGACACACACACACAGACACACAGAGAGACACACACACAGAGACACACACACAGACAGACACACACACAGACAGACACAGACAGACACAGACAGACACAGAGACAGACACACACAGACACACAGAGACACAGACACAGAGACAGACACACACAGACACACAGAGACACACACACAGACACACACACACAGAGACACACACACACAGACACAGAGACACACACACAAACACACACACAGACACACACACACACAGACACACACACACAGACACACACACACACAGAGACACACACAGAGACACACACACAGACACACAGACACACACACAGACACACACACAGACACACACACACAGAGACACACACACAGACACACACACACAGAGACACACACACAUACACACACACAGAGUGACUUGGCUACAGGGUGACGCAGUGAGACGCGAUGGCCGCUUCUCAGGGUGGUGGUGGUGGUGGCGUUGACGGAGCCAGUGGCUUCGGUAGUUCAAGCGGUGGUGGUGGUGGUGGUGGUAGUGGUGGUAGUGGUGGUGGUAGUGGUGGUAGUGGUGGUGGUAGUGGUGGUGGUAGUGGUGGUGGUAGUGGGGACAGUGGUGGCGCUAGCUAUGCCGUAGCCGGCGCUGCAAGUGGUGGUGGUAGUGGUAGUUAUGGUGGUGGCAGUGGUGGUGGUAGUGGUGGUGGCGGUAGUAGUGGUUAUGGUGGUGGUAGUGGUGGUGGCGGUAGUGGUGGUGGUACUAGUGGUGGUGGUAGUUAUGGUAGUGGUGGUGGUGGUAGUUAUGGUGGUGGUAGCACUUACGGAUUGGGUGGCACAAGCGGUAGCUAUGCCGUAGGCGGUGGGUUUGGUGGUGGUGGGUUUGGUGGUGGUGGUGGUGGUGGCAUUGGUGGUGGCACCUACAGCCUCACCUCGGCAGCUUCGUCUGCCCCAAGCAUCGCGAGCUACAGCGGCGGGUCCAGCAGUGGAUUUGGAGGCAUCUCUGGUAGCUACAUUGGUGGUGGUGGUGGUGGCUGCCUAAGUGGUGGUGGUGGUGGUUCUGCUGGGAAUUCUGGUGCUCCGUACGGGAGUAACUUCAACGCCUCUCCCACUGCUGGUGCUGGUGGUGGUGGUGCUGGUGGUGGUGGUGCUGGUGGUGGUGCCAUCACUGGACCUGCCAAUACCAUCGCAGCCAAUUCCGUGGCGUCUUCUGCCAGCGGUGGUGGUGCCUCGAAUUCUCUCAACAACAACACCACAACAACAACAACCACCACCACCACCACCUCGACACCCAUCAACACCACCACGAGCAGCGGCGGCGGUGGCAACAACAGCAGCCGACAGCCCAAAAAGUACCGAAUUCUGGGACUCCUCGAUGCCAUCCAUGAUGCUGUCGGCCCUCCGAGAGCCACGGUGGAUAGGCGGACGGUGGAGAAGUCGUGGAAGCUCAUGGACAAGGUGGUGAAGGCGUGCCAGGCGCCACGAUUGCAACUCAAGAAUAGCCCCCCGUACAUCCUGGACAUCCUGCCAGACACCUACCAACACCUGAGGCUCGUGCUGUCCAGGUACGAGGAACGCAUGCAGGCGCUGGCCGAGAACGAGUACUUCCGCGUGUGCGUGGAGAACCUGGUGAGGAAGAGCAAGCAGGCGCUGCGGCUCUUCAAGGAGGCCAGGGAGCGAAUGUUCGAAGAGCACUCACAGCCCAGGCGGAACCUCACGAAGCUGUCGCUGAUCUUCAGCCACAUGCUGGCGGAGCUCAAGGCGCUCUUCCCCGGGGGGAUCUUCCAGGGCAACGACUUCCGCAUCACCAAGGCGGACGCCUCCGACUUCUGGAGGAAGGCCUUCGGAGAGAGGGCGAUCGUGCCGUGGAAGGUCUUCCGCCAGUGCAUCAGCGAGGUCCACCCCAUCAGCUCGGGCCUGGAGGCGAUGGCGCUGAAGUCGACCAUCGACCUCACCUGCAACGACUGCAUCUCCGUCUUCGAAUUCGACAUCUUCACCCGCCUCUUCCAGCCCUGGUCGUCGCUGCUACGUAACUGGAACGUGCUGGCGGUGACGCACCCUGGCUACAUGGCCUUCCUCACCUACGACGAGGUGAAGGCCCGCCUCCUCAAGUACGCCAACAAGCCCGGCAGUUACAUCUUCCGGCUGAGCUGCACGAGGCUGGGCCAGUGGGCGAUCGGCUACGUGACGGUGGACGGCAACAUCCUGCAGACGAUCCCCCACAACAAACCCCUCUUCCAGGCCCUGCUGGACGGCUACCGCGAGGGAUUUUACCUCUUUCCGGACGGACGGAAUCUCAAUCCGGAUCUAACUGGCUUGUGUGAGCCCGCACAGCACGAUCACAUAAAGGUCACGCAGGAGCAGUACGAGCUGUACUGCGAGAUGGGAUCCACGUUCCAGCUGUGCAAGAUCUGCGCGGAGAACGACAAGGAUGUCAAGAUAGAGCCGUGCGGUCACCUCAUGUGCACGUGCUGCCUCACAGCCUGGCAGGAGUCGGACGGGCAGGGCUGCCCGUUCUGCCGCUGCGAGAUCAAGGGCACGGAGCCCAUCGUAGUCGACCCCUUCGACCCGCGGGGCGAGAGGUCGCGACCUUUGGCCGCCGCCAUCGCCUCCUCGGCCCUCGCCUCCGGGGGUCACGGGGGCCAGGGGUCGCAGGGAGGCCACGGCGGCCUGCGGGUGUGCGGCCUCGACUCGGCGUCGAACCUGGGCUUCGAAGGCGACGAGGACGACGACCUGAUGACGAUGGCGUCGGCGCGCGACGACACCUCGUCGCUCGUCAUCAGCCGCAUGGCUGCUCGCUCGCGGGUGGAGAGGCCGUCCCCGCAGCCCUCGCCGCUCACCUCUCCCAUCAUGCACCGCCGGCGGCCGCCCCCCGAACCGCUCGUGUCGGAGUUGCCCCCCGUGCCCCCCCGCCUCGACCUCCUCCUCCUCGCCCGCACCGCCGGGGGUGGGGGGGGCUCCCCCGCGGUCUCCCCGGCACUCUCGCCCAAGGGCUCCCCGAACGCCGAUCGCAAACCCGAUGCCUUCCCUCCGGCCGUGACCCCCCGUGCCCCCCGCCACCACCAGCCGGGUGGCUGCUCAGCGGCAACGGCAACUACCGCACCCCCCCAUCACCAUCACCACCACCACCACCACCACGGCGCACCGCCCCCGAUGCCCUCUUCCUGCUCCUUCCCCGCCUCCCUCUGCCCGACGUCGUCCGCCACGUCCUCCUCGUCGUCCUCCUCCUCCUCGUCGUCGUCCUCGUCGCACCAGCGGCGCUCCUACCACUUCGAAGUCGCCCCCGGCUCCUUCCCGACCGCCCAGAUGUUCCACCACGAGUUCCACGAGCUGCCUCCCGUCCAUCCGCCGCCGCCGCCACCCCCGUCCCGGCCCGUCCCUCCGACCCCGCCGGCGAGCGGGGCGGGGUCGGAGCCGGCCGGCGCGGACUCGGCCGGAAGGGCCUCGCCCUGCGGCCGCGUGGGUGGCACCGCCGCGGCGGCUGCGUGCACCGCGGCUGGUACCGCGGCGGGCGUGCAGCAGCAGCAGCAGCAGCAGCAGCAGCCGGCUCAGGGGAAGCUGUGCCCUCAAAGCUUCAAUGACUACGAGCUGCCCACGGCACCCCCAGCACAGCCCACGGUGUUGAUCGUGUGCCCGGAUGAGCGGGAGAUGCCCGAAGGAGCAGAGGUGGUGGAGCCGCCGUCUGUGCCGACCUCCGCCGCCGCCGCUGCUGCCGCCGCUGCUGCUGCUGUGUGGGGCGCCUCCUGCCCCAGGGCCGAUUUUGCGAACCAGACCUACAGCACAGUCUGCAAACGGACAGGAGGUGGCGCUGCAGACGCAACGCAACAGCCACAGGCUCACACGCAAGAGGAGAGCCCUUACGACCUCCUCCCGUCGCCCGUCCCCGCCGUGUUGAGCCACCGGGACCUUCCCGAGGGCACCUGGACCCCCACCGUGGGACCCGGCACGGCCGACACUGACCCCCCCGCCAGCCUCCCAGAUGCCCACCAGGCCCCAGCCAGGCCUCCGAAGCCUCUACCUCGCCUGGCAGUUGACUCGAACCUCACCCCGUCCCUCGAGGCCUCAUCGGCCUCUAGCCGGGACUCGGGCCUACCUACUUGGGACUCGGGCCUAACUAGCCGGGACUCGUGCCUACCUGUCCGAGAAGCAGCCGUCACGAGUCGGGAGGCCAGCCUUACGGGAUCCUGUCGAGAAAUGGGCCUUCCUAACCGGGACUCGGGGGGCCUCGCUAGCCGGGAAGCAGGCCUCGCCGGAACUGGCUCGGCCAAUCGACACGCGCUCUCGGCCAGUCGAGAGGCAGGCCUGGCGGGUUGGGAGCCGCUACCGCCGGGCCGAGACCAGCAGGCGAAGAUGGACGGAGAGAUCGCGAAGCUGAUGGGAGAGGGCUACUCCUUCGAGGAUGUCCGGCGGGCUCUGGGCAUCGCCCACAACGACGUGGUGAUGGCGAAGAGCAUCCUGCGAGAGUUCGUGCCGCGGUCUUGACCCCCGAGUGCCCCGGCGCGUUUGGCUUCGGCGGUUUCAGGCCCCAGCGGUUGCCGCCCCCCCCCCCUGCUCCCCCACGCGCCCCCCGCUCGCCGCCCCCCCCCACUGGUUAACACCGCGGGUGUACUAACCACAAACUCGACCGCGGCGGACGCCCCGCAGCGAAGACGUUUUAAAAAAAGAGAUCCGGCGACGUCGCUCGACCGCGGCGUGGUUUAAUCGACUGCUCGCAAAAUUACUUUGUUGGUCGGCAACAACAACAACAACAGAACCACCACAAAGCGACGUCGCUAGAGGUUGGGGGGUGGGGGCCACCCCGGGGGGGGGGGGGUGGAGGUAAUGGGUAGGUACCCCUUUGGCUAAGACUGCCGAAGAAAGGGGGGGGGCGUCUCUGGACGUACACCGCUUCUUCUUGGGAGGCGCGGCAUCGAUGUUGAGUUGGCGACGACGGCGACGAUUUCUACGCCCGUUCGUGACGGCGUUCGUGACGGGAGCCUUGAGCGCGGCGAGCGCUCGGCACGGAACGUUCCUUCCCCUCCACCCUCCGGUGUAGGCGGCGCCGUCGUUGCACCGCGCGGCUCUCCCCCCACCCUAACACGAUCUCGGUGGUGCGGAAGGAGAGAGGAGGAGGAGGAAACACAAACACCGUGCUUGGAAGAACGGUGUCACCGAAGAAGGUCCCACCCCACCGCCGGCACGGUGCUUGGCGGCGAAACGUCGGACAUGGUGGCGGCGCGCGUAAAGAUGCGCGGAGUCGGGGAGAGCUCAUCCGGGAGAAGAAGGAACGUGAUUUUGCGUUGUUGUUUUAUUUGUUGUUGUUGUACGUUUGCUGUCACGGUGCCCUGCCCCGCGCGACGCCUUGGGCAUUUCGAAACUCCCACCGCUGCCCCCCCCUAAACCCCCACCACCCCCACUCCGCUAGGUUGACAGUGCCGCCGCCGCCAUAGUUGUUGGGCGGGGCGCGUGGGUUAGCGUGGGUUAGCGUGGGUGAGCGUGGGUGAGAGUGGGUGAGCGUGGGUAGCAUGAGUGAGCGUGGGUAGCGUGGGUGAGCGUGGGUUAGCGUGGGUGAGAGUGGGUGAGAGUGGGUGAGCGUGGGUGAGCGUGGGUGAGAGUGGGUGAGCGUGGGUAGCGUGGGUGAGCGUGGGUGAGCGUGGGUGAGCGUGGGUGAGCAUGGGUAGCGUGGGUUAGC